AUGGGCUCUGACACGGUCGGAAUGGCCCCGCCGUCGGGCUUCAUCCCUGUAACGGUCCACUUGGUAGAUCUUGAGGGUACGAUGGCCUCACGGCACGCUGAGGGUAGUGGAAAAGACAUCGUUCUGAUUCCGACGCCAUCAAAUGACCCGGACGACCCUUUGAAUUGGAGCCCUCGAAGAAAGUAUCAGCUCCUAGCAUGCAUAUGCGUUUACUGUCUCGCCGUUGGCAUCGCAUCAGCCGCGAUCUACUCUGUCCUUGUGCCGAUAUCCACCGCGACCGGUCUGACCCUCGCAGACUUGAACUCCGGAACCGGCUACAUGUUUCUGGCAUUUGGUUGGGGCUGUCUGAUAUGGCAACCGCUUGCCCAGAAGUUUGGCAAACGUCCAGUAUACUUGUUUACUCUACUAGGAAGCAUGGCAACCCAGGCCAUCAUGUUGUGGGCACCAUAUGCCACCACGGGCAGUAAUUGGAUUGCGAAUAAAGUAUUGCAGGGAGCUAUCGGUGCGCCCAUAGAAUCUCUGUGCGAGAUAUCCAUUGCCGAUGUGUGGUUCACACACGAGAGAGGCACUUACAUGGGCUUCUAUGCCUUGUUCUUGGUGGGAAGUAACUUCCUUGCACCAGUCAUUGCCGGAUUCGUCAAUGACGGCCAAGGUUGGGAAUGGGUCUUGUGUGCUAUCUUCUGCGGGGCUGGCUUCGUCAUCUGUUUCUUCUUCAUGGAAGAGACCAAUUAUCAACGCAUGGACGUUUUGACGGCCGAACCCUAUCAAGUGGACUACACACCAUCAGCACUUGAGAAGGGGUCCAAAGAUCCAUCCGACUCAGAUCGAGUAGCACCUGUUCAGACGCCUCCCAGCCUCGUGCCGACUAUGACAAAGAAGUCAUACCUCGACAAGCUCAAAAUGUUCAGAAAACAGGACAUCAAUCAUCACGCUUCACUUGUAGAGAUGGUGAUCAGACCAUUCCUCUACUUCCAAUUUCCAUCAAUCGUAUUCGCAGGCUUCAUGUAUGGAGCUGUUGUUUGUUAUUUCAAUGUUCUGAAUGGCACUGCAUCGUUGAUCUUAUCGAGCUCGCCUUACAACUUCAGAUCAAGCAUUGUCGGAUUGUCUUACAUAUCCUGUUUGAUCGGCGUCGGCAUUGGAACAGUGUACUCAGGGCUUUUUGGCGACAAGUUCGUCAUCUGGAAGGCACGUCGUAACAACGGAAUAAUGGAACCUGAGUUCCGUUUGUGGCUCUUCACAGCACUAUUGAUCUGCAUCCCAGGUGCUCUUCUCCUCUGGGGCGUCGGGGCCGCGCACGAAGUCCACUGGUUUGGCUUGGUUUUUGCAAUGGGUGUCUUCGGUGCAGCUAUCACUGCCGGCAGCCAGCUUUCGAUCAGCUAUUGCAUCGACUGCUACAAGGAGUUGGGCGAAGAUGCCAUCGUCACCGUCAUCCUGAUCCGCAACACCAUGUCUUUUGCUGUUUCCUAUGGCAUAACUCCAUGGGUCGAAAAUAUGGGGUACCAAAACGCGUUUUUAGUUGCUGCGUUUGCUGCUUUGGCGCAGAUCUCGUCGUACUUUGCCAUGAUCAAAUGGGGUCGACAGAUUCGUGCAGCGAGUGUCACCCGGUAUUGGAAGUACUGCCAGAAAGAUCGGACAAACUUUAUGAAAAGCGGUAAUUGUGCAUUCAUCAAUAAAGAUGUUUUAGGAAAUCGCAGUGAUUUUCUACAGCGCCUGCAGCUUGAUAGGAGUGGGUACGUACCUAAUACGAAUACGAACCGCCUUUGCGCUCCAGGGCCAUCAAGGAAAGCAGGGGAGCUCAAUGUCCAGCCGAAUACGAAUUCGAAAGGCUUCUUAGUUGCUGUCACUCAGGUUGCUAGACUUGGCUCCAAAUCACCGACGGAGUUUUGGAUGUUUGCCAUUGCCUACUACAGAUCCGCUGAAAUGCCAGACUCUAUUAAGGACUUGGGCCUGUCGAGUUUGGCACACAUUGCCUUUUGUGGCCUCAUCGGAUUAGUGGCAUCGAUUCUAAUCAAUGCCUGCCGUCAGACGCUUUUCCACGCCAAGAGCGAACCGCCAGCUGUUUUCCAUUGGAUUCCUUACAUUGGCAAUGCUGUUUCCUAUGGCAUGGAUCCUGUAGGGUUCUUCGUCAAGUACCGUGCGAAGUACGGUGAUGUCUUCACUUUCACCCUUUUUGGUAGGAAAAUGACCUGCUAUCUGGGAAUCGAGGGUAACGACUUUAUUCUCAAUGGAAAGCUUCAGGACAUCAACGCCGAGGAGAUUUACGGACCGCUCACGAUUCCCGUGUUCGGAAAAGAUGUCAUUUACGACUGCCCUAAUUCCAAGCUCAUGGAACAGAAGAAGUUUGUUAAGUUUGGACUUACACAAAAGGCUCUAGAAUCUCAUGUGCCGUUGAUUGAGAAGGAAGUGGUGGAUUAUAUCAAGAUGAGCCCUGCAUGGAAGGGGUCAUCGGGUGUUGUUGAUAUCUCUGCCGCCAUGUCUGAGAUCACAUUAUUCACAGCAGCGCGCUCGUUGCAGGGAGAAGAGUUCGCGGGCUUGUACCAUGAUCUUGACAUGGGCUUCACCCCAAUCAACUUCCUCUUUCCUUGGCUACCUCUACCGCGAAACCGACGUCGCGAUGCUGCCCACAACAAGAUGCGAGACGUAUACGAGGAUAUUAUCAUCCAACGUCGUAAGAAUGGUCUCGAGUCCAACGACGAGUACGACAUGCUCUGGAACCUCAUGAACUCGAACUACAAGGAUGGAACACCGGUGCCAGAUAAAGAGGUUGCGUGCAUGAUGAUCACGCUCCUCAUGGGAGGUCAACACUCGUCAUCUUCAGCCAGUGCAUGGAUCAUGCAUCGUUUAGCCGCACAUCCCGACGUUGCAGAAGAGCUUUAUCAAGAGCAGAUAUUGAAUCUUGGCCAUGGAGACAAAAGUCGACUCUCGCCAAUGCAAUAUUCCGAUCUAGACAAGCUGCCGCUUCUACACAAUGUCGUGAAGGAGACGCUUCGCCUACAUGGUUCCAUUCACUCCAUUCUCCGCAAGGUUAUGAACCCUCUGGCCAUUCCCGGAAGUCCUUACGUGGUCGGCACUGACAAAGUGCUGCUGGCCUCGCCAAUGGUGACUGCCAUAAGCGACGAAUACUUCCCGGACGCAAAGUCUUGGAAUCCUCAUCGGUGGGAUGAGCUACAGCCUAGCGAGAGCAUCGUUGAUGCCAAUGAUGUUGUAGACUACGGCUAUGGCGCAGUUUCCAAGGGUACUAGGAGUCCUUACAUCCCGUUCGGGGCGGGGCGACACCGCUGCAUUGGCGAGAAAUUUGCAUACUUGAAUCUAGGUGUUAUUAUCGGCACUAUCGUGCGCAACUUCAAACUGGGCACCAUAGAUGGAAGAACAGGCAUCGUGCCGCCGACGGAUCACACGUCCAUGUUUGCGCGUCCAGUUCAACCUGGGCUCAUCCACCCGAACAUGAUGUUCUCCCUCUCUCCCUCAAUCAAAUUUGAGUUGAUCAAGAUCGAGGGUCCGGUAUCUGAAUUGGGUCUACGCACUAAGCGAAAGACAACAUGCGCCAACACUUUAUUGUUAAACCUUGUUGCGAAUCGCAAGGCCCAUCCGAGCUGGAACAUGUUCCUAAAAAGGCAACAUCUGGAUGAUCAUCCGAAGCUUUGCCGACUCAGUUCUCGAGCCCCGAAACCGUUAAUAAUCACUGACACCCUCCAUUUCAAGCCGUCAACUUACCCCAAUGUCAUAGUCAAGGGAGCUACUUACUUUUGCUCUUCGUUCACAGCGACCCCAACAGCACGAAUCAUGGCACCUCCCACCUCAUCACCUGAUUUUAAUGGUGCAACAGAAUCAGAACGGUUGCUUGGCACUAGAAGUGCAGAUUCGAAUAUCGAGCCAACAUCAUCCAUCAACGGACAAGACCGAGAAGCCAUCGCAUUGAAGCUUGCCGCGGCAGCUUACUCUUUCGUUGUCGCGGGCCUUUUCGUGGCUACAAUUGGAGUUACGCUACCGCACCAGCAAACAUAUUACCAGCUCAACGAAAUUCAAGUCUCUGCUAUCUUUCUCGUCGGACCAGUCGGCUACUGCUUGGCAUCUCUUCUCAACAGUCGCAUCCAUGACAAACUCGGGCAACGCGGAAUUGCUUUCAUAGGUCCCGCAUGCCAUCUGGUCUACGCUGCAGUAGGCUCCUUCCAUCCACCUUUUCCAGUAUUCCUUCUUGGAGUCACUGUAGGUUCCUUCGGAGUUGGCAUAGUCGAUGGAUCCUGGUGUGCUUGGGUUGCUGCACUCAAUAACGCAAAUACCCUAUCGGGUCUUUUGCAUGGCUCAUUCUCGAUUGGAGCUGCGACUUGCCCGUACCUAGCAGGGAUUUUGUUGUCUGCAAAUAAUGGACAGUGGUAUCAGUGGUUCUAUGUGCUGGCUAUCGCAUCUGUUGCAGAAGUGGUCUUUUUGCCUUUGGCGUUCAGACACGAGACUGCAGCGAAGUACCAUGAGAACAAGAAGAAGCAGGGAAACCCUGAAGAUGGAGUAGAUCAACGAGCCAUCUUCCGAUACAGCGCGACCUGGAUAUACGCCGCUUACCUUCUGGCAUACGUGGGCACUGAGUGCACUGUUUCCGGCUGGGUUGUCACAUUCAUGCUCCGCGUCCGCCAUACGAGCACUUAUGCAUCCAGUAUUUGCUCUUCUGGCUUCUGGGCAGGCAUGGCGAUUGGACGACUAGCUUUGGGUGCAGUCACGGAGAAAUUGACCCCAAGACGGGCAGUCAUCAUUUAUUUGGCACUUGCUCCCGCCAUUGUGGUGCUUUUCAUGAUAGUACAGGUUCUGUGGAUCUCGGUACUUUCGAUGGCACUGCUCGGCUUCGUUAUGGGCCCGCUAUUCCCGUCCUGCAUCGUCGAGUUCGUUCAUUACCUACCAAAAGAGCUUCAUGUUGGUGCGGUAUCGUUUGUUGCUUCCCUCGGCCAAGUCGGCGGCGCCAUACUUCCAUACAUGCUCGGCGCUAUCACCCAGGUGGCGGGGCUCCAUGUGUUUCCUUACAUGCUUCUUUCACAAUUUGCUGUCAUUCUUCUUCUGUGGCUCAUAUCGUAUAAGGUGGCAGGGAAAAAGAUACUCCAAGAAGAGCCUCAAGGUGACUUGGACAACAAGGUGAAGGGGUUGAGUGGGGAUCAGAGACGGGGUUCCUGGAUACUGUCCACACCUAUAAUCUUCGCAAGAUUACUGAAUCAAGAACAGAAUAACAAGACUCCACGCUCUUCUACAACGUUAUUCAAGAAAACGAAAUUGGAGUUGAGCCUUCCUACAGUUCUGGUUAGGCUGAUUGAGCCUCUUGCUCAAGUUAGCCGAGCACUAAGCCGUCGCAUUAGAACAACUUACAUGAAGUACCUUGUCUAG